GUGACAGUGAAAUGGUGACGUCAAUAUUCAGCGACGCUCUACGGUUUGUGUACAAUUUCAAGCUUGAUGGGAGGGUUACGUUUAAGACUACUGCAUCAAAUUUGUCUUUGUUUUGUCUUGUAUUCCUCGUGUGGUAAUCGUGAGAUUUCCCUCGAUCCUCUAGUUACUCAAGUUUAUCUACACUUCUGCGUAUCUCUGUUGAUGGGUACUGUCAUAUAGUUGUUUUUGCACUAAUAUAAAGGAAUUGAAAGGCUAGUUUUCAGAGAGAGGGCAUGUCUCUCUUGGCCAGCUUUUACAGUUGAUGAACGUCUGCCCCAGGACUUUAGCUGUAGGCUACCUGGUAUGAAUGAAGAAUAUCUUAUGCAAACGAAUGCACAUUACAGUGAAUGUUGAUCCCAGUAUGUCCCUGCACAAGAUGCUCUCCUAGCGCCCCUAUUUGUUUAUGUGCCACUUAGUUGUAGCCUGUGAACAUAUGCCUUAUGCUGCCCCUACGGAAAGAUUACUUAGUUGUCAGGCAGAUAUUGCUCAAGUCCCCAACAAUGGUGUGGUACGGCCAACCAUCUGUCGCUGUGUGAAUGGAACUGUCAGUUGGUCUGUCUGUAAACCAGGCCUGACUCAUGACUGAGUACUACGAGGAGGGGGGGCUGCUGUAUGAGCACUCGCCUCCCAUGCACAUCAAAGUGGAGUCUCCGGAGGGACCCUUCGGAGGGGGCGUCUCAGAGGACGGCUUUCCCAGGGAAGAUGAGGACUCGGAGGGCAGCUGUGACCACAGCAGUGGGCUGCCUGGAGGACUCCCCUUCAACGUGGUGGUGGUGCAUCCUAACAUCAUGACCCCUGGCAUGUCCUCAGAUGACCUCCUGUCCAUGGAACAGCACAGAGGUAUGUCCUCUGCGUUGGCAGCGGGGGGUGCAGGCAAGAGGAAGAGUCGUUUUAGCGGUGCAGAGCUGGAGGUGCUGGUUUCUGAAGUGACGCAGUGUGAGGGAGAGCUUUUUGGUCCUGCUGGGAGGCUCCGGCGCAGGGAGAGAGAGAGGAUCUGGGCAGGGAUCCUGGAGCGGGUCAACGGCGUGUCCAGAGUCCCUCGCACCCUCCGCGAGGUCAAGAAGCGCUGGGACGACCUGAAGAGACGCAAUGGAGGCAGGCUGGCAGACGCCAGGCACCGCACUUGUUACCUGCCAUCCAGCAGAGGGGCUUCCAUGCUGGGACGGUCAGCUCAGGCAAGCCCCAGGCUUCACCAGGCCAGACAGAAGCAAAGCACCAGAGGGAAGGCCAGUUUCACGUGCUUCACUGAUACAGAACCAGUGGGUGGAGGUGAAGGGUCGGAGAGGGACGGCUUUGAGAAGGAGGAGGAUAGUGGCGAGCGGGAAGGGGAGGUGGGAGAGGCGGAAUGCGAGGGGGCAGAGAGCAGCAUGGAGGAAAAGCUGGGUUUAGGACUAGGACUGGGAAUAGGACCUCCCCCUAACUCAGAACGCUGGCUGCCUCCCUCUCCCCUCUACAGCGCCCCUUUCCUCAAUGGCACCCCUCAGCCAAGUCCCCAGCCCUCACUAGGGGCCCAGCAGGGACCGCUGGAGGCCCCUCGUGGCUCAUGGCUGGAGGACGAGCUCCGUGGCGUGGGGGAGGCAGCUCUGCAGCUGGGGGAUCGGGUGGAGCAGAGUCUUCGGGAGUUUGGGGAGGGAUUCAGACGAGAUAUGAGAACACUAGUGGCCUCUCAAGAGGCACUGGCAACCAGCUUACAGCAAAACAAUGUUCUCCUGCAAAGGCUGCUGGGAGUCCUAGAGGCGCAGCAACAACAACAACAACAACCACCACCACAGCAGCAGCCACAUCAUUCCCAAAAGCAACAGCCACAACAGUCAACGCAGCAACCACAACAGUUACAGCAGCAGCAACCACAGCCUCAACAACCAAUUCAGCAGCAGCAACAAAUACAGAUACAACCACAACAGCAACAACUGUUCCUGCAGCAACCCCAACUGGCACAGCAGCAACAACAGAUACAACCGCUACCACAGCAACCGCAGCAGCUACACCCCCAGAGUCCAAGUAAUCAACCAACUUCAGCAGUUGCCCCUGUACCACCACCCCCAGAUAUUCUUGAUGGUACCACCUGUCCUGAACCACCCACAGUCAUGAAUGGAACCGUCCAACGGCCAAGGCGGGGGAGAAUUGUUGAUCAUAGACAAAGAAGAAGGCGUUAGAUAAAGAUGUAAAUAAGCGUUGAUGUACUUGAUUUAUUUUCUCUUAUACAAUCUGAUGUGAAUGAAUUGUGUCCCUCCAAUUUCAACCAAAGUUGAAAAAGUUACGUUUCUUUUAGUACAUUUGUUAUAUAGAGUGUGCUCUGUCCAUAAAUGAACUUAUUUAUAUACAGUACCAGUCAAACGUUUGGACACACUUACUCAU